AUGUCAACGAUGAAUAAGAAAAGCUUCUCGACGAUAAAAGGGGAUAGCAUUGGACCAUGGAAGCUGGGAGAGACUCUGGGUUUGGGCAGUACAGGUAAGGUCCAAUUGGCGUAUAGUGAAUCCACUAAUCAACAGGCCGCCAUUAAGGUGAUAUCAAAGGCUAUAUUCAACGGAAAAGUGAAUGGCAAUGGCUCCAUUGCUGCCAAUUCAACGCCGGAUUCGUUGCCAUAUGGUAUAGAACGCGAAAUCAUUAUAAUGAAACUUUUGAACCACCCAAAUGUUCUGAGGCUCUAUGACGUUUGGGAAACGGAUUCUAACCUUUACAUGGUGCUGGAAUAUGCGCAAAAAGGUGAGCUUUUCAAUCUCUUGGUUGAGAGAGGUCCGCUACCUGAAAACGAAGCGGUUCGUUUCUUCAGACAAAUCAUCAUUGGUAUUUCAUACUGCCAUGCGCUUGGUAUUGUUCAUAGAGAUUUGAAACCGGAAAAUCUAUUAUUAGACCAUAAAUUCAAUAUAAAGAUUGCCGAUUUUGGUAUGGCAGCUCUGGAGACGGAAGAUAAAUUAUUGGAAACCUCAUGUGGCUCACCGCAUUAUGCAGCACCCGAAAUUGUUUCUGGUAUUCCAUAUCACGGCUUUGCUAGUGAUGUGUGGUCCUGCGGUGUUAUAUUAUUUGCCCUUUUAACUGGUAGGUUACCAUUCGAUGAGGAAGACGGUAAUAUUAGAAAUUUACUGUUGAAGGUGCAAAGCGGUAAAUUUGAAAUGCCAGACGAGGACGAAAUUUCGCUGGAUGCUAUGGAUUUGAUUCAAAAGAUACUUACCGUUGAUCCAGAAGUCAGAAUCAAGACAAGAGAUAUUCUUAAACAUCCCUUGUUACAGAAAUACCCAAGCAUUAGUGAUUCCAAGAGCAUUAGAAAUCUACCUCGUGAAGACACAUAUUUGCAUCCUUUAUCUGAAGGGAGCUCUUCAGAUAUCGACCCAACAAUAUUGCAGAAUUUAGUAGUAUUAUGGCAUGGCAGAGAUCCGAAUCAUAUUUCAGCUAAACUAAGAGAACCAGGCGCUAACGCUGAAAAGACACUAUAUGCGUUGUUGGAUCGUUUCAAGAAUGAUACUGAAAAAGAAGCUGCUAGACAAAAACAGAUAAAGAAAAUUCAGUCUCAAUCGGUACCAGUUCCAGAUCCUUCGAAUAUUAAGAAAAGCAUCAGUAAAUCAAACGUUGCAAUUUCACCAAAGAAAAGAACGAGAACAUCGGUAAUUAGUGUAUCAUCUGCUCACAAGAGACCAGUUUCAUUCAAUAAGAUUUCAAGCAUAACAUACUCAAGUGGAUAUUCGUCAAGUAAUUCAACUACUCCUUCCAAAAAAGUGCCUUUAAACUUCUCUUCCAAUAAGAGAUUAUCGAAUAUUCUAACGCAUAGCAACAACAGUUCCCCUACUCCCGCAUCUCGCAAUAAGCGUGUCUCUAUAAUCGAUUUAGAGAAAACUAAUCGACCACCUCCUGUUCCUUUAAAUGUGCUGAAAGACUACAACACUGGUACCAAAACUAGGAGAAUGUCAAGGGCUAGUAUGAGAUUAUCUUUCAAGCCUAGCAUGAAACGUGGCUCCAUAACUACUAAGCUAAUUUCUACUUACGCUAAACUUUCCGAGGACGAUGAUUGGGAGUACAUACAGAAGGAAACAAAAAGAACAAGCUCUGAUUUCGCUACGUUAUGUGAUGAGAUUUUUGAGCAUGAGAAGUUCGAACAGAUUAGAAAGGAAAAAGAAGAGCUCGAGAAGAAGGUUAGGGAAACAAAAGAGCGUGAGGAAAGAGAUAGAAGAGAAGCAGAGGCAGAAAAAUUAAGAAACGCACGAGAAAAGGCAGAAAUGGUGAGAAGGCAAGUUGAAGCUCAGCGGCAGAUGGAUGAAGAAGUAGCCAAGCUAAGAAACGAAUUGCAAGGUCAGCAAUUCGAUGAUUCUGAGAAAAAUUCUGAAACAUUGGAGGUAAACACUAGGUCAAUUUCCGCUCCUAUGGAGAGAAAUAAUAAAAGAGACUCUGUUGCCAAUAUUCAAUCAAACAUUGAAGACAUUUUGCGUCAGCGAACGUUCUCAUUACAGACUAGACCUGUUUCAAAACUGGAUCCAGGUAUUUUAUAUUCGGAGAAUAAUGAAGUUGACUCUGAGUCAUCCCCGAUUUUAGAAGAUAAGAGGUUGCAAAAUGAGAAAAUGAUUCUUGAAACCAUAAGAAGAUCGAAGUUUUUAGGUUCUUCCUUUGAUAUAAAAAAGGAAUUGGAUGCAGCUGAAAGGGAGCAAGCGAGAAAAUACAAACAGAAAUCAAUGAAUCAGGAAAGAAUUACAUCAACUACUAAUGAACCAUUCGAAACUCAAACAUUGCCCAAAAAUGCAGUAAGCUCGGCUCCAUUGAAAGAAAGUGAUGCAGCUAAUGAACCGAGGAAGCUUUCAGAGAUCAAAGUUCCUCAAUUCACAAGAAAAUCCAGGUAUUUCAGUGAAUCAAAUAAAAGAAUGUCAGUUCUAUCGAUGUACUCGACAAGGCAAUCCUUCCAAAACUUGAAAUAUAUGCUCAACGAUCAUGACGCGAACAUUGACAAUAUCCCUGACUCACCAAGAACAUAUAGCGCGCAGGAACCUGAGUUUUUGUUUGAAGCUGUCAAUGAUGAAGCUGAACGGACUGGUGAUAGUUCAAAUGACGGUAGAAUCUACGAAGUGCCCGACGAAUUAGGACUCACGAAAGAUGGCAUGAAAUUGAACUUUGCAGAUAGGUUCAAAGAAAAAGGAAACAAAAAAGACUCAGAAAGAAAUGAGGACGGUAAUGUAAAGCUGCCUAGUUUGCCUCCAUUAGAGGGCAAAAAUGCAAGCGGACUAGGGAUAUAUCAAUCUUCGUCCACCGAGUCUGUGACAGAGUUGCAACCCCCAAUUAUUAAGAGCAUGAUACCGUCAGAUAAUAUUGAGAAAACUAAAAAUCAUUCGACUUCGAAAAGUGAGAUUCACAAGACCUCUCCUAAGGUUCCAGAUGAACCACCGCUAAAUACAAUUAUGAAAAAGAGAGAAAAUGAAGGAGAUGCCCAAAGAAAGCCUCUUCGGGAUAUCACUGAAAAGAAAAGUAACAUGUCUUUUUUCAGAAAAUUCUCAAAGUCUUCUAAUGAGAAAGAAAGCAAGAGUUUUGAGGCAGAGCUUUAUGCUAAGGUGAGUGCUAAACAACUCUUCAAUGGUCUACAAACCUUGUUACGUGGUUGGACGAAGUACGGUUUGAAAGACGUAAAAUCGUACCCAGAGAAGUUCACUCUUACAGGAAAACUAUCAAAUGAGAACAUUUUAUCCCUUCGUUCCACUUUAUUCGAAAUAGUCAUUUGGGAGAGGGGAAACGCUAGUAUCGUCGGUUUUAGGAAGAAAAGUGGGUCCUCUAAAACUCUGAAGAGGUUAGUGAAUGAAAUUGAAAAAGUCUUGGUCAAAGAGGGUGUUUUGAAUAACUAG